AUGUUAAACAAGAAAUUGUCGGAGAACGACGUUCGAGCUCUUUUUGCGGGACACGGCGCCAUAGAAGAGUGCACCGUGUUGAGAGAUGCGCAAGGACAGAGCAAAGGAUGUGCAUUUGUCACCUUCGUGUCGAAGCAGGCGGCUAUCGCGGCUAUAAAGUCACUACAUCACAGUCAGACUAUGGAAGGGUGUUCGGCACCACUCGUAGUAAAAUUCGCUGACACACAGAAGGAGAAGGAACAGAAGAAGUUACAAGCGAUGCAAGCGAGCUUAUGGGGUCUUACAACACCGGUAACGCCGACUGCGUAUCUCGCGUCGGAAACCGCUCUAUCGCCCGCAACACAGUUGCAACUGUUGCAACAGUUGCAGGCUGUUGGUCUUCAACAACAACUGCUUCAAGGCCAGGGAUCUACGUUGUUACAAGGUGUUAACUAUCAGGAUAUCGCUUUCAAUGGCGCAGGGCUGAGUGGGGGCGGAGUGGGGACUGCAGAGCAGUUGGGGGGUCUACUGGCGCCAGUGAGCGUUCAGAAUCUCGCGGCAUUAGCAGCGAUGACCCAACCAGUAGUCUCUCAAGCUACACAAAUCGCACCCGCCUCUGCGCCUCAACCUACAGCUCCUCAAUUGUGUCUUCUCGGGAAGACUAACAUCACAGGGUCCACAGCCGAGCCUCUAGGGUCUGCAUACGCUGCGCAGUUCGGCACGGCGUACGCCGCGGCGCCACUCGGCUCCGUGCUGGGGUCGGCCGCCGCCGCCGCCGCCGGCAAACAGGUUGAAGGACCCGAGGGCGGGAACCUCUUCAUAUAUCACUUACCGCAAGAAUUUACGGAUACAGACCUAGCGUCCACGUUCCUACCGUUCGGUCAUGUCAUAUCGGCUAAAGUGUUCAUAGACAAACAGACAAACCUCUCUAAGUGCUUCGGUUUCGUCUCAUACGAUAACGCAGCCUCCGCACAGGCGGCCAUACAAGCCAUGAACGGCUUCCAAAUAGGUACAAAGAGACUCAAAGUUCAACUGAAACGUUCUAAAGAACUGUCGAGACCGUAC